CGCAAUGGUCGGUCAUCAAAGUGCCCCUUUUGCUCAUGCACGUGUCACGCAACACAUGCAUGAACGUCACCCACCCAUCCAGUCGCAUCCGACGACGCAUCAACACCCACACACCAGACACGUGUCGCACCUGGCUGGCUGUGUCAGUCUACGCCUCCUCCGCCUCUAUCUCGUCAAGGUUGAAGUCCUUGCCGGUGAUGCGCUUCAGGGGACCACGACUGCUCAGCCUACACACCGCACACCACACCAUCACACACAUCCAUCCAUCUCUCGGUAGGUGUCUUGGGCUCUUUCUCUGUGUGUGGGGUGUGGUGGGCGCAAUGUACCAUCUGGCGUUGACACCGUCUGAGAGGAUGCGUCCCUGGAGCUGCCACUUCCUGUACUCGUCCUUGGUGUACUUGGUGAAGCCCCACUUGUCGCUCACAAACACCUUCUGCCGGCCGGGGAACUUGUACUUGGCGCGACGCAACGCCUCCACCGCCGCUGCGAUCUUGUCCUCCUGAGCCACAUCAAAUCAGAUACAUGGUCGCCACACGGUGGGCGAUGGGCUGGCUGUUGUGCUGCUCUGUGUGUUUCGGCAUAUGUGCAUACCCUGGUCCUGAUGGACAUGAGGAUUUGUCCGAUGUCCACGCGAGCCACCACGCCAUUGGGCUUGCCAUACGCACCACGCAUACCCGUCUGAAGCCUGCCACCCAACACACACACACACACACACACACACACAUGUACACAGAGAGAGAGAGUGGGACUCAGGAUCCGUCCGCUGUCGACUGACUCUGCGUACCUAUCGGCUCCAGCGCACGAAAGCAUCUUGUUGAUGCGGAUGACGUGGAAGGGGUGCACGCGGAUCCUCAGGUGGAAGAAAUCCUUGCCGCAGUUCUUGAUCAUGUACUGGGUGGGAACAAACAAACACACCAACCACGCAACACACGUCAGAUCUGACCUCCCUCCCUCCCUCCCUCCCUCGCCCCUCGUCCCCCGCCCCGCCCACCUUGUUGGCGGCGAUUCGUGCAGCCUCGAGUGCCUCGCUGGAGAUCUGUUCGUACUCGUCGGACACGAGGUGCACGACGCCGGGGAACUCGUCGACGUCGGCCUUCUUGCGACCCACAUCGUAGAUGCGGAUCUUGGGGUCCGGCACACCGCGACAGAAACGCGACUUGGGGUACGGCUUGUUCUUACAGUACCGGUAGCAACGAGCCGGACGACGUCCCAUCCUGCUGCACGCCACACCACACGGGGAGGGAGCUGAACAGACGAACCAAAAGAAGAUCCGACACACGGCAGCGGAGAUUUGGCAACAGUGAGCCUGCAAACGUCCUUCGCUCCUUUCGUACCUGGACAAGAGGCGCUCCUUCG